UAUCUCAGAGCCGAUUGCGCCAACUCGAUCACAGUCUGGUCCCUGAAGGAACAGUGACAAUGCAGUUACUAACCCUAGAGGUCCUUAUGUGUUUAGCUACCUGGGGUAGCUCAGAAGUUAUGAAAGAUCAAUUUACAUGCAAGCAGUUUUUUCACAAAGGAAAAGAGCCCAGUGGCCUUAUACCACACAAUGCUGCUCGGAUUUGUCAGACCUACAUGAACAAAGUUCAUUUUGCCACAAUGUAUGACAAGACAAAUCGCAUCCCAGUAUUUUCUGCUUAUAAAUAUAAUAGGAACGAUGAAAAUGUUGAACGAGUUGACUACUAUGAACCCCAGCUUGUAGACCGGAGUGGAAAUAAGAAUAUGGAUGACAUGCCAAAUAAUAUUUCUGAAAAGUUAAAAGAAAGUCAGGCAGUGACAGAAGAUUACAAGGAAGAGAAUAUGAAAAUAAGUUCCAAACAAUAUAAUCGAGGUCAUCUAAGUCCAAUUAUGCAUCACACGGAUACAGACAGUAAGAAAGCAACUUGCACCUUGACUAACAUUGUGCCUCAACUUCAGGAACUAAACGGAGGCCAGUGGAAUGAAUAUGAAACAAGAAAAAUGCAGAACUUUACAAAUGGAUGCCACACAACAUAUGUCAUUGUUGGAGCGAUUCCAGGACAGAAGUAUACCUCUAUAAAAAAUAAAAAGAGGGUUAAUGUGCCGAGUCACAUCUGGACUGCUGCUUGCUGUGUCAAUGAGAAAGGCAAUCCUGUAAAAUUCUUAGGUUACAUUGCUGGAAAUGACAAAAAUGAAGUAACAAAUAUCAGUCUUAAUGAUCUACAGAACUUACUAAAGACAGCUUCUGGAAGAGGUGUGACUUUGUUUUAUAAAGGCUGUUAGGGAAACAGAAAUAUUUUCAGCCAGAUUUUUAACUACUGUUUAUUUCUGCAUUGUAUUUACUUCUGUAUUUACUCUGAUUUUGGGAUUAUUGAAAGCUCUGCAAAUGUAUUCCAGAAUUCAUUAGAUCAGCUAUAUUUCCUGGCAAGUUUAACAUUUUUAAAUUUAAUGAUCUGAUACAAUAUAUUUUCUGUUUACUGCCUUGUGUGUUGAUUUCAG